AAGUAAUCCAAGGAGAUCCACUUGAGUUUUUGUUUUUUGAAAACGCGCAUUACAAAUUAAGAAAUUAAAAUGUUUGCUAUUCGUAAUCUGGUCAGAAGCAAUGUCCAAUUCGCCAAGAAUGUGACUCCAAUAAGAAACAUGAGUGUAACCGCUACUCCGGCGAGAAAUAAGGUGUCAAAUGGGGAGAUGAUCGUCUUGGCAAGCCUGAUGGUUAUUGGUUGGUCUGCCAUCCCCGCAUGGGUCCUUGUCAACAUUAAGAACUACCGCGGGAACUGAGCUUAUGUUAUCUAAAUAGUAGUGACCGAUUAAGUAAUGUUUUAAGUUAUAAGUAAAGAUGAUUACAAAUUG